AUGGAUGUCCAUCUCCUCGUGUACGAUCUAUCCGGUGGCUUGGCCAAGCAGAUGUCCGCCGCUCUGCUUGGCGUCCAGCUCGACGCCAUCUACCACACCUCGAUAGAGCUGCAAGGCAUGGAGUAUGUCUACGACGGCGGGAUCAACACCAUACGCCCCGGCAGCUCUCACCUGGGCCAGCCGCUAGAACGGCUCCCCCUCGGCAAAACCGAACUCCCCCUCGAGGUCGUCUUCGAAUAUCUCGAGUCUCUCCGAGAGAUCUACACGCCCCAGGCAUAUGACAUUUUCCGUCACAACUGCAACAAUUUCAGCAACGACUUUUCCACCUUUCUCCUCGGCAGGGGCAUACCCGAUCACAUCGCCAAAAUGCCGCAAGCCGUGCUCGACUCGCCCUUUGGCAGGAUGAUGCUGCCCCAGCUGACGCAGAUGGUCGAGGCCAGGAAAGCCCGGCAGGGCGGAUUGCUCGGCAUCCAGGGCAACGCCCAGCCCCAGCCGAACGGCCACCCCCCGACCGCGGGCCCCCGAACCUCUCAGGUUGUAAACGUCACCAACCUCCAGGGGCUAAAUAGGGCGCUGGAGCCUACGAGAGGGUCUAGUGCCGUUGUUUUCUUCACCUCGGCUACCUGCGGCCCCUGCAGAGCCCUCUAUCCCGUGUACGACACCCUAGCCGCGGAGCACGACGGCAAGAUCACCUUGAUAAAGGUUGACACGUCUGUCGCCUUCGACGUUGCGCAAACAUAUUCGAUCAAGGCCACCCCCACCUUCAUUACCUUCGUCCACGGCAAGGAGGAAGAGCGAUGGACCGGCGCCGACGCGCCUCGCCUCCGGGGAACGAUAAGUCUCCUAGCUCACAUGGCAGCCCCAGCGCACCCGCAUCAGCUGCUCAAGCUGCCGCACUUCGCGGACCCAGAGCUAAAGCCAGUCCUAUACGCCAAGAUCCCUCCGCUUCCCAAGUUGCUGUCAAAACUAGGGCCGAAGGCCGACGACCCCUCUGUUCAAGCAGUGAGACAUUUCAUCGAGACGAGGUCGACAGAAGGCCCCGCGCAAACCACACUGCCCAGCAUGACGGCAUUCUCCAACUUCGUGCUCUCCGCCGUAGCAGAUCUGCCGAGGGAGAUCUUAUUCACCGUCGUGGACCUCUUCCGCUGCGCUCUCGUAGAUCCGAGAUUUAGCGGAUACUUCGCAGAAGAGCACGACCAAAAGACGGUCAUCGCCGUUCUGGACGCGGUGAACAAGGAAACCGAAUGUCCCUAUGCGCUGCGACUGGUAGCGCUGCAGCUGGCCUGUAAUUUAUUCUCCAGCCCUCUCUACGCAGACCAGAUCCUGGGCCACGAACCAUUGAGAAGCGCGGUCACCCUGCUGAUUUCGGCUAGCUUCCUCGACGACGGCCAUAACAAUGUCCGAGUAGCGGCCUCUUCACUGCUUUUCAACGUUGCUUACACGAAUUACCACAGGAGAGAUGGGUCGGGGGACGCCCUCCCCGAAGGCGAUCAGAUAGAGCUGGCAGCAUCGGUGUUGGAGGCCAUAUCACAGGAAGACGCAUCUAAGGAAGCGUUGCGUGGCAUGUUGCUGGCGCUGGGUUUCUUGGGUUACUGCGUACCGUUAGAAGGGGAGUUGGUAGACCUUUUGAGGGCCCUAGAUGCGCAAGGGACCGUACUGGCGAAGAAGAAACCGUUUCCGGACGAGCCUCUCAUCGCCGAGGUUGGCAACGAGCUGCUGGGGAAGGGCCUGAUGCCUGUCUACGGCAUUCCAUACCCAUACAAGCAGCGCACUAACGACAUCAUCAACGAAUUCUGUGAGACACUGGUUGGAAUGACAGAUUCGCGUCUCUUUCCGCCUGAAAUGAAGGCCUCCCGCUCGUCGGCGUCGACGCCGUCGCUGCGUUCUCGCGACGGCACACUCCCGCCGCACAUGAGGAUGGACGCCGGAGGAAACGUCAGAGUCGUCGUGCGGGUGCGGGCUUUCCUGCCCAGAGAAAUCGAGAGGGGCGCCGACUGCCUGAUCAGCAUGGACCCCAUCACGCAGAUGACGACUCUCCACGUGCCCAACGACCACGACCCCGCAAACAUCCGAGCCAAGUCCCGCAAGGUGACCGAGGAGAAGACGUUCACGUUCGACAACUCGUUCUGGAGCCACGACAUGGCCGACCCGCACUACGCUCACCAGGAGGAGGUCUACAACAGCCUCGGCGAGGAGUUCCUCGACCACAACUUCGAGGGCUACCACACCUGCAUCUUCGCCUACGGCCAGACCGGCUCCGGCAAGUCGUACACCAUGAUGGGCACGCCCGAGCAGCCAGGCCUGAUCCCGCGCACGUGCGAGGACCUGUUCCAGCGGAUCGAGGCGGCGCAGAACGAGACGCCCAACAUCUCGUACCACGUGCGGGCGUCGUACUUUGAGGUGUACAACGAGCACGUGCGGGACCUGCUCGUGCCGUCGUCGGGGCCGGCGGGGGGGCAGGCGCCGUACUACCUGAAGAUCCGGGAGUCGCCGACGGAGGGGCCGUACGUGAAGGACCUGACGGAGGUGCCGGUGCGCAGCCUGGGGGAGAUCCUGCGGUACAUGAAGGCGGGGGACGCGAGCCGGACGACGGCGAGCACGAAGAUGAACGACACGAGCAGCCGCAGCCACGCGGUGUUCACGGUCAUGCUGAAGCAGAUCCACCACGACAUGGAGACGGACGAGACGACGGAGCGCAGCUCGCGCAUCCGCCUCGUCGACCUGGCCGGCAGCGAGCGCGCCAGGGCCACCGAGGCCACCGGCCAGCGCCUGCGCGAGGGCAGCAACAUCAACAAGUCGCUGACGACGCUGGGGCGGGUGAUAGCGGCGCUCGCGGACCCGAAGCAGACGGCUUCUUCUUCUUCUUCUUCUUCUUCUUCGAGCGCGCCCGGCGGCGGGAAGCGCCGCCGCGACGUGGUGCCGUACCGCGACUCGAUCCUGACGUGGCUGCUGAAGGACUCGCUGGGGGGCAACAGCAAGACGGCGAUGAUCGCGUGCAUCGCGCCGUCGGACUACGAGGAGACGCUGUCGACGCUGCGGUACGCGGACCAGGCGAAGCGGAUCCGGACGCGCGCGGUGGUGAACCAGCAGGACCGCGUGUCGGCGGCGGAGCGCGACGCGCAGGUGGCGGCGAUGGCGGCCGAGAUCCGGCAGCUGCAGCGCGCGGUGUCGGAGGCGCGGCGCCGCGAGCAGGAGCAGCAGGAGGAGCAGCAGAUGCUGCAGCUGCAGCGGCAGCGGCAGCGGCAGGGCGGAGCCGGCGCCGGCACCGCCGAGGAGCGCCUCCUCGACGAGUACCAGGCCCGCGUCGCGGCGAUGCAGCGCCUGCUCGAGGAGCGCUCGCUCGUCGCCGAGGGCAAGAUCCGCAGCCUGCAGACGGAGAACGAGGCGCUGCGGCUGCACCUCAAGCUGGCGCUCGACAGCCUGAAGAACCCGAUCCCGGACGUGGUGGUGGUGGAGGAGGAGGAGGAAGAAGAGGAGGAGGAGGAGGUGGGAGAAGGAGGUGGUAGUGACGGGACGGAGGAGGGGAAGGAGAAGAAGAUGAUGAACAAGAAGAAGCGCCGCGUCGUGGUCGUCGACGAGGCCUACUGCGGCGAGGAGCCCGACGACGACGGGUACGAGUCGGCGGACGCGUACGACGACCGCGCCGACGCCGUCCAGGACUACAUGCGCGACCUGCUGGACGACCUCGCGCUGUUCCGCCGCAAGAUCGGCGACGACAAGGGCCGUGAUGGGGGAGAAAAUCCCUUCUCCCCGGACGUGUCGGACCCAGACUGA